UAAAGGCAUAGGCACAGCUUUCUUAUCUCUUUAAGUUACUAGGUCUCAGCUUGUUCUUGUUGUCUCUUUUUCUUUUGGGACCUAACUUGCUUUAUUGGUGAUUUGAAACUAAGUCAGCUUUGUCCCAAGGACCAAGGAUUGUCUUUUUUUUUCAAUCUCUAUGUCUUGAUCUGUUUUGGCUUCUUGAUCAUAAAAAACACCUAAGAUCUCACCUUUUCUUUAAAGGGUUUCUUGAUCUGUGUUCUCUGUUGUAAAGAUUUAAUCUUUAUCAUCUGGGUUGUCUUUAAAAUAUAUAUUCUCUGCUUUUGCUCCAUCUUGCUCAUCUGGAAGGUAUCUUUACUUUUUGGCAGAAUAUAAAAGAGAGUCUACUACAAUGAGCUGCUGAAUCAAACCAAUGCAAGUUGUUUGAAUGGAUGUGGUAUAUGGUUCCAAGAAAGGAGUAAUGGCUAAGCAGCAGCAAUCGGAAACAGAUACUACAAGACCUCCUCUUGUUCCAGCUGAGAAGAACAAUGUAGUUUCUCAUGUCACGCGGCGUGCUAGAACUAUGGAGGUUAGUUCAAGAUACAGAUCACCGACUCCUACUAAAACUGGGAGGUGUCCUUCACCUAAUGUCACGAGGACUGUGUCUUCUCUAAGCUCUCAACCGUUAUCGAAAAGAGCGGUUUCAGCGGAAAGGAAACGUAGCCCUUCCACGCCAACUACUCCUUCCACACCGGUUAGUGAUGUAUCUGUAGAUUUAUCGGUUUCUUCUAGGAGACUAUCUACUGGUCGUUUACCUGAAAGCUUAUGGCCUUCUACUAUGAGAAGCCUCAGUGUUUCUUUUCAGUCUGAUUCAGUCUCAGUUCCUGUUAGUAAGAAGGAGAAACCGCUUGUUACUUCUUCGAUUGAUCGAACAUUGAGACUGUCUUCUUUGAAUAUAGCUCAUAAGCAGCAGAGUGAGACAACCUCUGUCUCGAGGAAACAUACUCCCGAGAGGAAAAGAAGUCCACUGAAGGGGAAGAAUGUGUCUGCUGGACAAUCAGAAAACUCAAAACCUGUGGAUAGUUCUCAUAGUAAGUUAAUAGAACAACAUCGAUGGCCUAGUCGAAUUAGCGGAAAGGUUACUUCAAAUCCUAUGAAUAGAAGCUUCGAUCUUGGCGAUAAAGCGGUUAGGAGAAUGUCACUACCUUUGUCCAAUAAAAUCUCAAAGCCAUUACAGAAAUCUUCUAGUGACACAACAAGUUUGUUAUCUUGUUAUGAAAAUGGUGGACAAGAGAUUUUGUCUCCAACAACUUCAGAAGAUAGUAGUAGUUGUGAAUCUCUCAAGCUUUUGUCUGCAAGUUCAUUAGAUAGAACAACCUUUGCUAGGUUACACCCAUUGUCUGCUCCUGGAUCACGCACUGCUUCACCGAGCAGGUCCUCAUUUUCAUCAUCAUCCUCGAAUUCUCGAGGCUUGAGUCCAUCAAGAGGAGUGAGUCCCUUGAGAGGAUUGAGUCCUUCAAGAGUGGGAAAUCUCUCUUGUGUGAGAUCAUCUACACCGCCACCUAGAGGUGUAAGUCCAUCUCGGAUAAGACAAACCGCGCAAUCCAGUAGCAACACAACCUCGGUUCUUAGCUUCAUCGCGGAUGUCAAGAAAGGGAAAAAGACAACUUAUAUAGAAGAUGUUCAUCAACUGCGCUUGCUCUAUAAUAGAUAUACGCAGUGGCGGUUUGCAAAUGCUCGAGCUGAGGGAGUAAGCUACAUUCAAAGCUUAAUUGCUGAGGAAACUCUAUACAAUGUCUGGCAAGCAACAUCAGACCUACGAGAUCAUGUGACGAACCAAAGAAUUUGUCUCCAACAGAUGAAACUAGAAAUCAAGCUUGAAUCCAUUUUAAAUGAUCAGAUGAAUUGCCUUGAAGAUUGGGAAACACUUGAGAGAGAACACGUCAGUUCUUUAUCUGGUGCCAUUGAGGACUUGGAAGCAAAUACUCUCAGGCUUCCACUAACCGGAGGAACAAAGGCGGAUCUUGGAUCUUUGAAGUUGGCUAUGUCCUCAGCUCUUGAUGUUAUGCAGAGUAUGGGAUCAUCCAUCUGGUCAUUACACUCGCAGAUGGAGGAGACGAAUAAGGUUAUUUCAGAUCUCGCUGGUGUAGUUACAAAAGAGAACUUUUUGCUUGACAAAUGUGAAGAUCUCUUGGCAUCAACUGCAGUCAUGGAGAUAGAAGAGAGUAGCCUCAAGACCCAUCUGAUACAAAAGAAGCAAGAAGAAGAAGUAAGAGAUGAUGCAGGGUCUCCACUGUUGCCAUUGAGCAAGUUUCCAUGGCCAUAACAACAACACACUUCAAAGAAUGACUUGUAAAUUGCUCUUUCUGGCUCGCAUUUUCUUCUGCCAUCAUCAUCUUUUUCCAUUUUGUCUUUUACUUGUAGGAAAAAGAUGUGAAGAAGAUUAAAGAAAAAUCAAUGAAGAAAAUGCAAUUUAAAUAUUCACAUGUAAUCUCAGUUAGUUUUUAAUGGUCAGUGCUAGAAUAGCUAUUAAUAAAUUCACAAAAUAGU